AUGGAAAAAGGAGGCAGGAAAAAGGGCGACUUAUUAACUUGUAGUAUAUGUCUAGAGACAUAUAAAACUCCAAAGUAUUUACCAUGUCUACAUACUUUCUGUAAGUUAUGCAUUCAUACAUACAUUCAAUCAGUAAAAGUAGGAAAAGAAGAAGAUGACCUGUUGACAUGUAGUAUAUGUCUACAGACGUAUAUAGUUAUCAAAGAGGAACAAGCAGACAAGACAACGGCUGUUUCCUGUUCUAUCACGUGCGAAGACCAUUCGGAUAAAUUUAUAAUGAUUUAUUGUGUAGAUCACAAUAAGCCAUGCUGCACUGUAUGCGCAACCGUAAAACAUCGAAAGAAAUGGUAUAAGACUGGAAAUUCUGCCACAAACUGA